ACCGUUUCAUACAAAUACAGUUCAACUACAUUUUGCUUUUCCACUGCAGGCCAGCGACUUUAUAGGUUAUUAUGGCGAAGUUUUGGAGCGUGCGUUAGGCAAGCCCUGGCUCGGCACUAUGAGCUAAGCCAUAGGCUGUUUAACAACACCAUGGCGCUCCCAUGUUCGCUGAGCAACCAUAUGCGCAUGAAAGCGUCUUGUCGCAAAGAUACCCCCCGGUUUUGCACGUCGUUAUUAAAGCAAGCGAAGCCCAACACGCGAUUUCGUUCUGCACUAGUACUCUUGAUUGCCUAACAAGAACUAUUACCACAAUUCAUCAAACAGAGUUGCAGCAAAGACAGCUGCGAAAGACGGAGCCAUGGGUGCUGCUGGCGACCAGCUUGAGCUUGUCUACGAAGACGAGCUGGAUGACAGCUUUACGGGGCUUGCGAGCGAAGACGGGCCGAUGACUGUUGCCGGGUUCGGCAGCUUGCUUUCUGAGCGAAGCGCUCGCUACACCUUCCCCAACCUCACGGACUUUCGACUGGGCAAGGUCCACGGCUGGCGCCGUGUGUUUGCGCAUACAGCCGACGUGUUCUUCGCACGUGGCAUUGCGAGACCAGACACGGCCGAGAUAGCGAGCCUGAGCCUGGAGCGAUGCGAACCCACAUCGCAACAACCCCAAUGGGGCGUGUUGGUUGCGCAAGCCACAGCGGGGGCUCCGGAGGGACUGCCUGCGCCGGUGGCGGCAGCGGAGGCGGCCACACCAGCGGUAGCAGCAGCAACUCCUGCGGCCGUGGUUGUCUCGCUGUUCGAGGUACCUGCCACCCCCGCCAGCGUGGCGGCAUUCAUAGCACGGGAACACGAGUUCCGGUUUGUGGCGGUUGAGCCGACUGACAUGGAAGGGAGACCCGUGGGACGCAAAGCGGUUAUCUGCGCGCGGAAUACGGACGCCGACUACCGCCGGCUGCGCUGCCCGCCCGACGAGUGGGCUCGACGCUGGUCGCCGUACGGCAUAACCCGCGUAUGGCGGGAUGAUGUACUGCCCUGCCGUACUUACCUGCGUCACUGUGUGCUGGCGGCCCGGGCGCUGGGGCCGCAGGCGGAGGAGGCUUUCCUGCAGGGGACCUUCCUAGCGGACAGGAGGACGACGAUCGCGGAGCACCUGGCUCGCAAUCCGGACAUCAUGGAGGAGCGGCCGCCUCCAGAGCUGUCGGAACGGUACAACGGUUAGGAGAUACCGGUAAUGCCGCUGUUGUGCCGUUCCAACGACUGUUGUACGGCAACAGUUGUUUCGUGGAACGGGGCUUUACGCAAGUGAGAAUCGUCUCUAUUCAAUGGCAUAAAUGGCAGUUGCUGCCACGGUAAGCCACCUGGGUGGAAGGUUGCACAGGAAGUGAUGUUGGACGCCGGGAUUGAUAAUACCGGUGCGCGUAAGUUGGCAAGAAGCUCGUCAUGAUUUGGACGAGCUAUCCGCGCUGAUCCCGGAUCUGGGUAAAGUCAGCUUUGUAUUUAGCAGGUUAUGCGUGCUGUAUGGGUUCAACCGUGAACCACACCCCUUUCGCGCGCGAUCCGGAGAAGAUACCCUAAUCAGCACAGGCUUGGAACCCAGCUUCGUGGGUGUCCAUGGCCCAGAUUAGGCCAUUUAAAGCAAGUUGCUAAUACGGCAGCUUUCGUACGUCAGGUAAAGAUGCACGCAAGCCUUUAUAUGAAUGGAUGGUGUUCCCUUGUUGUUGCUGCUACUGUUCCCUUGCGUGUGCCUCCUGGACAACAUGAAGAUCGAUGUAUAACCCACAUCAGCCCCGAAUACCCCUUGCGCGCUUGCAAAGACAUGCACACGUCAGCAUACAUUACAUUGACAUGUACCAUGUCAGUUUACGCGCCAGGUAGUUAGUUGUCUGUACAGCGGUGUCGUGGAUUGUUAUCGCCGGUCGUAGCAAGCACGCGCUCUCCCCACUCGCAGGCAUGUACAUACAUAGGGCGCGCCACGUCUCAGAUCCACCCAAGGUCACACGAGAAAACAGAUACAUGGUUGUGAAGGGGUAAAAACGACGCCAGUCUUUGUUAUAAGUUUAGACGUGUCACGUCAGCAUGCACGGUCAUUAUGUUGUUGCUAGCCAGACAUGCCGGUAGUAUCACCACAACCAGCACCUCUAAUCGGUAAACCACCGCAUCCCCCAAGCCCAUGCAAAGACA